AUGGGAACACGUUUCUUGACGACGAUAUUCCUGUCACAAAUCUUCAGCGUUGCUUCCUUCUCUUUACUUGAUCGGUACUAUGAACGACUAACACGAGACGACCCACAAGCAUCGUUUUACACUUUGAACCAAGCACAAUUGAUCGAAGACGACACUUCAGACUUCGCCGACGAAUCACCGGGAACUUCUCUCGAUUUCAUGGUUGCACCGGUCCAAAUGACAAAUCCACUAUUCAAUUUCAUCUCUAAGGCAGGCCAACUUUACCGGUAUCUAAGGUCAGGACAACAAUAA